ACACUUGCUGGCAAGGUGUUUUGCUUGAAUGCCUCAAAAGAACUGUGAAGUUACUUUAAAGCAGCAGGAUUCAAGCAGCUGUUUUAAGAGUAGGAGCAUCAUCAGGUGCAAACACCUUGACUGCAGACGAUCAUGAAACCAUAGCUGACCAAACACAGUUGGACCCAGAAGAGGAUGUGAGCCUUGCUUCUGAGGAGACAAACCUAGGGGAGCAUCUGCCAGGAGAGGAGGCUGCAGCCAUGAUUCUGGACGUUGAGGAGAAGAUCGAUUCAGUCAGUAAAAGGGAGGAGCCGGAGGGCACCGAGCCCCUGCCUGCAGGAGCAGAGGAAAGCUCUGAGCUGCCUUCUGUGUGGAGAGAGGAGGGCAAUGGGCCUUCACCUUCAGCACCAGAAGAUGUUGGGGCACCAUCACCAGGACCAGCUGAGGACAGUGGGCUGGUAGAGGACAGUGACAGCUCUGUAGUGGAAGUCAUGGAUAAAGUACAUAUUACUGAAGAGGACCAUCUCAUUGAGGGUGAGACGGGAGAACAGGUGGAAACUGAGCUGCUCAGUGAGACAGUAAGUGGAGGGCCUGAAACAAAAGAAGAAACAGGAGAAGCUGUGGAUAGUGCAGCAGCAACAGAGAUGGGUACGUUGACAGAGGAGGGAAGGACCACAUGGGUUAUUGUUUAGGAGACAGAAAAUACUGUGCUGUCCUUAAUGAGCACUUCCUGUCAUUCCCCUACCGGCAGGCAGCUGCUUUCUGCAUUUUAACACGAGAGCAUCAUAAAUACUUUUGUUUACAUUAAGAGGCAUUUUUGGAAGCAAUCAAUUGGAAGUCAUGCUUUUUACAUGGGUCGUCUUUAUACAGAGAUACAUUAUCCAGCUUUGGAGAGAAUGCUAGAGUGUGACAUGCAGUCUUGGAAAAUAAAAACCUGUGUUAAAAUCAUGACUCUGCUCAUUAUUAUUUGCAGGCUUCUUUUUGUGAGCUAAGCCUUAAAGCUGCUUUGUAAUUUCCAUUCUAUGUCAGUCGUUUUAGAUCCCCUCGUUCUUCAUAUCAGUUGGAAUCAGCAGUGUGGUCCUGCGGUGAAAGCACAUUGCACAACAAAUGCAGUCACA